AUGUCCCAACAAGAAAAAAAAAAAAUUACCAAAGUUUAUAAAUAUCCGUCUGAAAUUACUCCUGCUGCCAUCGCAGCCACCACUAGCAAAAGAGCUUCUAAAAUUUCUGAAAUUACUCCUGCUGCUAUCACUAGCAACGAAACUACUCCUGUGCCUGCUAUCACUAGCAAAUCGACCGUUACUUCAAAAUCAAAAGUUCAGCAUAUGAAAGAACAAUAUAAAAAUUUCAAGGUUCCAGAUUUCUAUUUAGAACAGCAAAAGGAUCUUUGCCAUAAUUUAGAUCUUUAUGAUGAUAAUUCAUCUUUGGAAACUGGUAUAAUUGUAACAAAAUUGCUAAAAUUGGUUGCUGUUUUGGUUGCUUUACAUUGA